GUUCAACAUCCCGAGAUCUUGCAGGUCCGUAGCUCAGCCUCGGCAGUAGGUUUGGAUACCAUACCGCGUAUGCCUAAAGUGUCGUCAGCUUCCAAACCUGACCUCUUUCCCGCCUUCCCAAAUCUCGUCUCGCACUCGGUAUUCCCGAUUGCGGCGGACCCUAGAGCACAACGCGCUCCCAGAUCACACCUCCUCGCUGGCACAUAUAGCACAGGUGUCGCAUUCUGAAUCGCCGCUAGUGAAACGGACACUCGCGCGACACCCCUAAGGCCCCCAAGGCCAGUCGACGACGUCGCCAUGGGCUCCGAUCAUCGCAAUCCCUCGCCAGCCCACCCCCCAGGCGUUUCGAAUUCGCCCAGCAGCGGCCAUCGGGUUCCCCUGCUUGCCUCGCACCCUCUGCCUACCUCCCACCCCCUCCGUGCCUCUCCUCGGAUUCCCACGCUCAUCCGCUUCUCAGCAGACGCUCAUCAGACUCCCUGCAUCCGCCAGACGAGAAAUAGUACAAAUAGAGGAGGGGUUUCAGUUUCGCCCACCAGUCUCGACUGAAGCUAGUAUCGAAUCCUUCUACCUUGUCUUCGAGUUCCCUACCGCCUUCUGCUCUUAAGGCCCUCCUCACCAGCUGUCCGUGCCUGAUAGAGUGCAACUUGUCCGUGUGAAGUUCUCUUCCCGAAUUUGCCUUCCUUUCUACUCCGUCCGUCAACGACAUGGCCUGCGUCGGUGCUGAGCGUGCCUGCGUGGACGUCGAUGCUCUGUUCUCGAGCUGCUGGGAGCAAGAUGAUUCCCUGACUCGCUUCGUCUGCAGCAUGAUCUCUGCUCCUCGCCUGGCCAUCGUCAGUUGGAUCAGGUCGUGCAAGCACCCUGCUGUCGAGGUUCAGCCGGUUCCCGCUCUUCCAGUUGUCGCUCUUCUGGUGGAAGCCGCGUCAACCGAUGCAGAGUCAGAAACCGUCAACAAUCCGACUGAGGCUGGCAAGGCGGAUGCUCCAACUGUGACUGCUACCGUUUCGUCUGAGGCUAAGGAAGCAGAGGAACCAACGGAAGCGGAGAAGAGAGCUUCAUCAUUUCCAGUUGCAGAUGCAGAGGACCUGAUUCCUUCACUUCCGGCUGAGACUGCUGCUUCCUCGGUUAAGGUUGCAUCAUGGUUGGGUGUCAAAUCAGAAUCAGAGCAGGCACAGCGGGGUGGGAAGGUGGGAGCAGAGGCCAGCAGCGGGUGGAGCAGCAUGAGUCGCAGUGGGAGCAGCUGCAGCAGCCACAGUGCGUGCCUCAUUGACCUCGCCUGGGACUCCUGCUCCUCCUCUGCUCACAGCCUCUACUCCUCCUCUGCUGGUAGCCUCUGCAAUACUCCCACUGGAUUGGUCGCGGAGAUAACCGCUGUGAAGAGGGGGAUUGGCCGAGGCAUUUCCAGCAGCGGGAAGGGUUGGAGCAUGGAGGUGAAGGGAUUUGGGAAGGUGGAGGCAGGGAGUACUUUCGCAAACCAGCUGUUUGGGGAGGAUGAUGAUGAUGCAGAGGUGGAAGAGUACAGCAGCAGCAAGCAAAGCUACAAGCCUUUUGGGUCAGGGAACAUGUGCUACAUGAACCAGCUGUACAUGGAUGAGGUGGAGGAGGAAGAGAGGGAGGAAUUGGCAGCAUCGGGUAUCUCGGUAGGCAUUGGUAGGUUUGGUGCGAGGCGGAGAAUAUCGGGCUCUAGCAGCCGGGUUACUCUCCGCAGAAUGAGCAGCGCGCUGAGGCAGUUCUAGGUGAACCUUUCACCAGGAAAUAGGCUGUUGUAGGGCUUUUUCACUAGUGUAGGAGCUGUGGCUGGCACCAGACCAGAGUAACUAGACUGGUAGCGAUUGGCAUGCUUCUAGAAUUCGGAGCUGUAAAUUAUGCUGUAUGCUCACAUAUGUUAUGUACAUGGUCACCUCAAUA